AUGGUUGCCGCGAUUUCCUUGGAGCUUUUGUCGCAUUUUGAGCAUACGCAUUCAUUUUCUCCCUCAUUCAUAAUUGGCUCAUACUUGUGCACCACUGUGCUGCUUAAAGCUGUAACUACGCGGACUUAUUGGCUCCUUGCCAACACUGACACAGGCUACAUACACAUUGCCGAGGCGAGUUCGGUUGCACUCCUCAUCCAAAUUAUUAUUAUCGUUCUUGAAAGCUGGAGCAAGAAACAGUGUCUUCUUGAAAAUGCAAGAAUUGCGGCCGAAGAGUUGGCUAGCUUUGUGGAUCGCUCGCUAUUUGUUUGGCUUGACAAGCUACUCCUUCACGGAUAUAGACAAAACCUCACAUUGCUUGAUCUACAACCGCUUGAUCAAAUUCUAGGUACAUUUCACCUAGCGAAUGACUUUCAUGACAUCCAGAAGCGUCCAAAGCUUAGGCGCUUCGGUCUUCUAGGAAUAACUUUACGAUGCUCGGGUUCAUCCAUAUUCUUUCCUGUGCUACCACGACUUUGUCUCACUGGCUUCAGCUUUGCACAACCAUUCUUGGCCACAUCGUUGAUUGCAUAUUUUGAAAAUCAAGGAUCCACCACUUUAAAUGCGGGGUAUGGAUUGAUCGGAGCUUCAUUCCUUACAUAUGCUGGAAUUGCGUCUGUGCCAUGGGAUCAACCUUUCUCGGAAGCACCUUGGCAAGGCACAGAGAAGAGAAUUGCAGCAACAAGGAAAAUGCUGUCUUCUCUAAAGGCAAUUAAAAUGAUGGGUGCCAGUCAGCGUGUACGAAUGACCAUCGAGAAAUUUCGGGAUCUCGAAUUCGUGGCCUCCAAGUCAUUUCGUACACUUCUGAUUGGAAGUUUAAUCUCAUCGUACUCCACUCUCACAUUGGCGCCCGUUGUUGCUUUUGGAACAUAUAUCGGCUCCACUAGAGCUACAAAUGGGGACUUUAAUGCCUUAAGAUUAUUCGGUUCUCUUAUUCUCAUCAAUCUGCUUGCAUCACCACUCAUACGCAUUUUACAAAUUCUCCCGCAUUUUGGGGCCGCGCUUGGAUGCUUCUCUCGUGUAGAAGACUUCUUUGAGAAGUCAGACGUCAUUGACCCCAGAGUGACUGUAGUCGAUGGGACCAAGCACGGAAAAGGUGAUAGCAAGACUGAGCUUUCAGAUGGGAAAGAAGUAUUAAACCAGGAGAAGGAAGAAUAUGCGGUAAAGUCAAAAGAUCUUUCAGUAUUAUCCAUGCGGUACGCAAGCUUUGGCUGGGGCACUGAAAUAAGUCUGCACGAUAUAAAUUUUGAAAUUGCUGCAGGUCAACACGUCGCCGUGACUGGUCCUGUCGGCUGCGGCAAGUCGCUCUUGUUGCAAGCGAUACUUGGUGAAGUCGAACUUAAGACUGGAACUAUGCAUGUUGGAGGUAUAGGCAUCGGGUAUUGCAGCCAAAAUCCGUGGUUGGAAAAUGUUUCCGCGCACAGAAAUGCAUUUAGAAGCGCACCCAGCGACAAAUCAUGGGAGAACUUGGUUGCUGAUAGUUGUGAUCUCGGCGGCUUAUUGAGUAUAGAAAGUUCGCAUCAGACUGUCGGAAGUGGUGGAGCUAAAAUAAGUGGUGGUGAACGCCAGCAAAUAGCUUUAGCACGUGCGAUUGCAACUCGACCUGCAAUCUUACUACUAGAUGACGUUUUCAGUGCUAUAGAUAAAACUACAAAGACUUCUAUGCAAGAAAAGUUGUUUGGACGGAAAGGUAUCUUACGCGAGCAAGGAACUACAGUUAUUCAUGUUACUCAAGACCAACAAUUCAUAGAAGCUGCCGAUAUGGUUCUUCAAAUAGACGGUGCAGGAAACCUCCAGCAGUUGCAGCCCGUAGCUUGCACAGUUCAGUCCGCGCUGGAAGACAAAAUCGAGGGGAAACCAAUCAAAGCUACAAAUUCCAGCCCUAGUCCUCAAUCCCGAUCAAAAAUUAAUCAUGCAGACCCAACUAAAAUCGCAGAUAAAAGGGUCUACCAAGAGUAUCUCCUUUCUAUCGGGCGUUCAAACAUAAUCAUCUUUUUCAUUGGUGCCAUCAUGUUUGCCUUCACUUUUAGAUUCCCAAAUAUAUGGGCAGAGUGGUGGUCUGAUGCAAGUACUGGCAGCUCGACGAAAAGCGUUGAAUACUGGAUGGGUAUCUAUGCAUUCUUAAAUCUGCUUCCACUGGUCACCAUAAGCCUUUGGGCGGCUCACCUCAUGCUCAUAAUUAUUCCAACUUCAGGUGUUGGGUUACACGGUAAACUACUCCGAUCUGUCCUCGAUGCACCUUUCACCUUCAUCAGCACCAUCGAUUCCGGAAGCCUCAUAAACAGGUUCAACCAAGACCUUAUGCUUGUUGAUACCCAACUUCCAUUUCAACUUCUGAACACUGUUUCUGGAUUAUUUGCCGCCAUUCUCCAGGCAAUCUUGAUUACCAUUUCUGCUGUUUCUAUCGUUGCUAUCCUUCCUGUUCUGGUAGCCGUGCUUUUUUUGAUCCAAAACUUCUACUUACGAACAUCAAAACAACUGCGACAACUUGAUUUAGAGUCCAAGGCUGGCUUGCACACAAUGAUUGCAGAGAUAUAUGAAGGACUGGUAACGAUUAGGGCUCAUGGCUGGCAGAACAUCAUGCAAGGGGAGUUUUACGAGAAGCUGGACAGAUCACAAGAGCCAAUAUAUCUUCUCUACAUGGUACAAACUUGGCUUCAGUUGACGCUGAAUUUAGUAGUUGCCGGACUUGCAGUACUAAUGGUUGGUGUGGCUAUUGGUUUGCGCCACAAGACAAGUGCCGGAGGAAUUGGAGUAGCAUUUUUGAAUCUGGUGAGUUUGGGAGAAUCACUGACACAGACCAUUCAAUCUUGGACAGCUUUGGAGACGUCUCUUGGAGCUAUCACCAGAAUUGAAGCCUUUGAGCAAGAAACACCUGUAGAGCCAGAAGUUGCAUCGCCAACUGAUGUACCCAUUACGUGGCCAGCUUCGGGUACCAUAUAUCUUGAUGGUAUCGAUAUCUCAAAAGUCCAACGAUAUUUUCUACGAUCCAAACUCCAUGUUAUCUCGCAAGACGCGUUCACAGAUGGAGAAAUCAUUCGCGAUGCACUAGAUCCGGCUGGAAAAUUGUCUGAUGAGACUAUCAACAACGCCCUACAUGAUUGUGUUUUGCUGAACAAAAUCAAUGCAUCAGGAUCUCUCUCUGCCAAAUCAGGUGAUGUAAAUCUAUCGGUUGGCGAAACCCAACUUUUUGUCCUAGCCCGAACUAUUCUUGGAAUCGAGGACUCUAAUAAAGGAGGUGUCGUACUACUUGAUGAAGCCACUAGCAGUAUCGAUGUCGACACUGAGCGAAAAAUAAUGAACAUCGUCGCCAAAAGACUGCAAGGAAAGACCGUGAUCUCAGUUUUACAUCGCCUCGAGGCCGCUGUUGAAUUUGACAAAAUUUUGAUUUUGGAGAAGGGCGAAGUGGCACAUUUUGGACCUCCAGAAGAGGUUAUUAGAGAUUCUGAUUUAUUUUCUUCUUUUAGAAACGGAAGUUGA